CUCAGUACACAGACCUUCAGCUGGAGACACGUGUGCACAAUGCUGCGUCCCCCUCACCACCAUUAAGAAGACGGGAUUAUACAUGAAAUUGACGUUACUCCCGUGACUUUGCAAAGAUCUUUCUUGAUGUGCUUAGGCUCUUGACACUCACCGAAAUGGCUUCUGGCUGGCUGUGGCAGGGCUCCUCCGAGCUCCCGACGCACUGCGUUUUCCACUAUCCCAACGCUCCGCCUGUGUCCCUUCAGCCAUCGUGUUACUCUCAUGUCUCCAGUGAUAACACCUACAAUUACACAGCCUCAUACGGUUUCGCGUCAGUGGCGCCUUCGUAUUCAAUGUAUUCCACCCAGUGCAUGAAAGUGGCGUUCGUGAAACCCAGAGUGCAGGGCGAUCAACACCAGGCUGAAAAGUCUCGUGCAGCUGCCAAUUAUUCGCUGCCCGUCCAACCUCCUGGACCAGGACCAGGUACAGGUGCUACAUCGGAUCCUGAUCCACCUUCGCAACAUAUCACAGUCCAACCCCCAACCGUGAUUCUCGUCGCUCAGUCUGCAACUGGUUUAAAGCGUCAUGCCACUCUGCCUGAACAAGAUUGUGACAAUGUACCAGCCAAGAGUCUUUACACACAUGCUAAAAGAAUCUGUCGCAUUCGCCCCAGGCCGAGGCAGUCCCAGCAUGCCUCGGCAGAACAGACAGUCAGAAGAAUGCCGACUCUGCGAGGUGGUCUGGGUCAGCAUAGGUUACAGGAGUGUGCCGUGCAGGACAGGUGGGUGGUGGUGGCUCGGCCCAAACGAGUGACCAAGAGGGUGAGCAGGGCUAAGACACCACAUCCUUACCAGAGGCGGAGGAAGACACUCAUCCAACGGCACCUGCUGCAGAUACCAGACGACCGACAGCUCUCCAAAAACGCGAAUUUAAGGAAUAGACAGCGUCACAAUGCCAUACUCGCUGCUGCCUAUGAACAAGAGGUGAUGACUUACCUACUGGAGGUUGAGAAACGACAUCUGAGGACCCGUAACUAUCUGACGGCGCACCCCUCAGUGAGUCAGCGGACCCGCGCCAUCCUGGUGGACUGGCUCAUUCAAGUGCAGAGCUACCUGGGGAUGUCCCGUGAGACGCUGUACCAAGCCGUGGCAAUGGUAGACCGGGUGCUGGAGGAGUGCUGCAUUCCCGUGCAGCGCGUGCAGCUCCUGGCUGUGACUUGUCUCCUCAUUGCCUCCAAGAUCGAGGAGCAACAGCCCGUGCAAACAGCCGAGUUGCUUCAUCUCACCCUCAACUCGUACAAACACGGGGAGCUGCUGGCCUUGGAGCGGCGAGUGCUGCAAGUUUUGAACUUCAAUCUGACCUAUGCUGACCCAACUGUCUUCCUUUGCUACUUCCUUUACCUUACGUGCAACACGGAGGAUCAAACGGUAAAUGACUGCUGUGGCUUUCUGAUGGAGGUGGUGAUGGUGGAGUCUUGGCCGCUAGAAACCCGGCCCUCGCUCCUGGCUGCAGCGGCCCUACAUGGCGCCCUUAUGGUGGUUUAUGGGACCUUGGCUGCAUCAGCUGUUCCUCUUCUCAUGCCCAAGUAUUUCAACCUGAAGGAGGAGGACAUCGUGGCCACCAGUCUACGGUUGUUGGAAGCUCUCACCAAUCGCUUCAACCUUCCAUUUCAAGGUGCCGAGAGUAAAUACGCCAGCGAGUCCCGCCACUGCGCCCUUGCCCGCCACCCACGCCUCCAGCCUCUCCAUCUGGUGUCCGUGGUGGACAAAGUCAGGGCCAGCCUCAUCAACUUGCGUGGAGAAAAUACUGUGAUAAGGAGCAGUCAGCACGGCUGGUGCCAAAACCCGCCGUGGUGUCUGACCGCCGCCGCCUCCGUCCCUGCAGGAAACGCUUUGCAGCAAUCAGUUAUCACCCCGGUUAAGGAGCAGUCUUUCUCGAAUUAUAAAGAGGAUGACAGCAUACUCGUGCCUAGAAUGGAGGAAGGUUGAAGUUGAUUUAGCUGGGAACCGAGAUCCACCAAAUACCAUUUCCUGUGAUCUGACUGCUACCUAGCAAGGGAAUGCUUUCCAUCUUGCUCAGGGCACCAGUGACACGGCCGCUGCCGUGAUGGCCAUGUGAUGCACCUUUAAUCAGCUCCUUAUAGGAAACUGAAAGAGGGCACUGGUUAUGCACUGGUAGAAGUGUAGCAAGGCACUGUCGCCUCAGGCGUGAUGGGAUAGGGGUUGUGUGUUAGAGGGUGUCUUAUAGGUGUGAGAAUGCUCUCUUGUGUAUUGCUUGUGUACACAGUCCAUCUGGUAUGUUAUAUAUUGUGUGCCGCCUUCAGGCCCGGCAACACCAUGGCGAGUAGAGACUAUGGGCAGCAUCACUGACAGGCUCCAUCAAGUGGUGGUGGUAGUGGGCGUGGACGAGGCGCUGCCAGCUCUUGCAAGCCUCUACCUUGGCUGGCUCGGAUAUCAAAAACCUUUUCUUCUUUUUUUUUAUGUAUCCUUUUUUUUUUUUCUUUCUCUCCUUCAGAAUGAUGUAAAAUUUGUUGAGUAUUUUGCCUGUGAUGAAAUGUCUAGCUUUACUUUUGUGUGUGCGCGAGGCUGGCAGCUUGCAACAUCGUCCUGGUAGAAUCCCAAGGCCUGGUGACUAUUUUUCUCGUGUAUGGUGGUGGUAGUAGUAGUAGUAGUAGUAGUAGUAGUAGUAGUAGUAAUGGUGGUGGUGGUGGUAGUAGUAGUAGUACUAAUGGGGGUGAUGGUGGUAGUAGU